AUAUGAGAUGAUAAAUGCGUUUAUAUUUAUUUUUCAUUUCUUCUUUGCUACUUGCGGAGUCAAGAAGAUCUAUCAGUAAAAUCAGUCAUGACGAAAUCAAUCAACAUGUGAAAACUACACUUAGUUCAGAAGGGAUUGUUCGAAUAGGUCACCUUCACCCCACGAACCCUAUUAUAGCACACGAACCAGAUGUUCUAAAAAUGUGCGCAGACGAUUUGAAAAUGAGAAAUAUUCUUCCACAAAAUUAUACUUUAACUGUUUUUACAAUGGAAAGUUGCAACAAGUAUUCGGGAGUUGAACAUGCUGCUUUCCUUCAUUAUUUGAAAAAUGCUUCAGUGUAUUUUGGACCCGGUUGUAAUAAUGAAAUGUUGGUUAUUGGAAGACUCGCGCCUAGGUGGAACGUUCCAAUAAUUGCUCAUAUGUCUGGAGAUGACGCUCUUUCUGAUCGUGUCCAAUUUCCCACACUCGGUUCAGUUGCACUGACAUCUGCAAGUGAAAUGGCAAAGGCGACUGUAACAUAUUUAAAUCUGAACAAUUGGGACCAGAUUGGAAUUGUACGACCAAGUGUCGGGUACGAGCGGCUUUCUGUAUACUCUUUGCAACAUCAAAUCAAAAAAAGAGACAUCAAUCUUAAUGUCAUCCUGGAUAUUGAGCCGUUCAGUUCUCCAGAAGAAAUUAUUUCCACCGGAAAGCUAACAACACUUAAAAGCAUGGCAAGAAUAAUCGUGGUAGAGCUUGGAAUGGAUAUUCACUCAGUCACAAACUUUAUGUUGGCAAUACACAGAUCUGAAAUCAAAAAUGAGGAGUUUGUGUUUGUAAUCCCUUGGUUAGCUCAUCAAAACGAUCAUUAUCCUUGGGAAGCGGCUAACGUGGACAAACAAGAAGUGAAACUUGCUUUUGAGAACACAAUCAUUAUCACUGCUCAUGGUUACGAUAAAAAGUUUUUUGAUGAUUUCCAGAUGAAAUUCAGUGCUGUCACAGGAGUCCUUGCAAAUCAUUAUGCGACAUUAUCAUAUAUGUCUCUUUAUGAUGCUUUAUUUCUUUAUGGAUUGGCCCUUCGAGAUGCAUUUGAAGAUGGUGGGGGUUACAAUGUUCACAUGAAUGGAUCGUUAAUAUGGUCAAGAAUGACGAAUCGGCAGUUUAUUGGUAUGACUGGUCAAGUUUUAAUGAACAAUAAGGCAAUUCGAGUACCUUCAUAUGCUACUUAUCACGCUAUCAAUGGAACUCUCAAAAUUGUUGUGGAACUUGAGGCUAAAAAUAAUGAUCGUGGACAAUGUGAAAAAAAUGAGGAAAUGUGCUCCGAGCAUGUUGCACACGAAACAAUACAAUAUUAUUGGCCAUCCGAUAGUGGAAAGCUACCGCCGGCAGUGCCGAAAUGUGGAUUUACGGGCGCAGAAUGUGAUUACAGACCGUAUUUCAUUGGAGCUAGUUUACUUGCCUUCAUUUUAACUGUCGGACCACUGUCUUACUUUAUUUAUUUGAAACAAAAGGAACGAUUACUGUAUGAUAUGACAUGGCGAAUACCCAGAGAGUCGAUUAAAAUGCUAGAAGGAAAAUCGAAAUCCGAACACUCUCUGGCUAGUAAAUCACAAAGUUCUGGCUCUUUCUCGGGAAGUAUGAAUUCAAAACAAAACGGACUGAUAGCUGCCAAACAAGCGGUGUCUAACGGUGUAAAACUUGCGAUUAAGCGCUAUCAACAAGUACGCAAUAUUACUUUCCCAAAAUCAGAACUUAGACUGUUGAAGGAACUGAAGAUUUGUGAAAAUGACAAUCUAAAUAAGUUUUAUGGAAUAUCGUUCAAUCAGCAAAAUGAGUUUAUUGUCAUGUGGGUUCUGUGUUCUCGUGGAAGUUUAGAAGACAUUCUUUUUAACGACGAAUUGAAGCUAGGAAGGAAUUUUCAAGUGUCGUUUGCCAAGGAUGUUGUCAAGGGACUCAAUUUUUUGCAUACAUCUCCACUUUUGCACCAUGGCAUGCUUUGUUUACAAAACUGCCUUGUUGACUCAAAUUGGACCGUGAAGCUUACUAAUUUUGCUACUGAGGCUGUUAUUUUUGAAAAGCUGGAUCAUAAUGAGCUGCGCCCUUUUAUCAAUACAGAUAGCGAAUCAGCAGAUGAUGUGUCUGAUCCUACAAAGGAUUUUGCAAGAAAAAAAUAUCUUCAACAAGCCCCAGAAAUAAUCCGUGAAAUCGUGACAACUAAGACUAUUCCCGAAGGAUCUCAAAGUGCAGAUAUAUAUGCACUCGGAAUGGUACUUUAUCAGAUACUUUUCCGUGUAGAACCAUUCCAUGAAAGAAACAAAAGCAUUAAUAAACUGAUGGAGACUUUGGCAAUGGCAAAUGAUGAUGAUCAAUUGAUUCGACCAACUUUCCCAUCAUCCAAUACUGGUGAAGGUUAUAAUUUGCAGUUACUUUCGUGUAUUGAAGCUUGUUGGCUGGAAAUUCCUGAAAUGAGACCACCGAUUAAGAAAGUUCGGACGAUGGUCAAUGCUAACUUGAAAUCAACAGGAAAAGGUUCUCUAGUAGAUCAAAUGAUGAAAAUGAUGGAAGAAUAUACGGCAAAUUUGGAAAACAUGGUUCGAGAUCGUACUGCACUCCUGGAAGAAGCUCAAAAACAAGCAGAUCGUCUUCUCAACAGUAUGCUUCCAAAAUCAAUUGCGGAAGAUCUUAAAAUUGGAAAGCCAGUGCUUCCGCAACUAUAUAGUUGUGCGACUGUUUUGUUUUCGGAUAUUCGUGGAUUCACCAGAAUUUCUUCAACAUCUACACCACUUCAGGUUGUAACGUUUCUAAAUGACAUGUUCAGUGGAUUCGAUGCUAUUAUUGCAAAACACGAUGCAUACAAAGUCGAAACAAUUGGUGACGCUUACAUGAUUGUAUCAGGAGUUCCCACAGAGAAUGGAAAUAGCCACGCUCAAAAUAUUGCUGAUGUCGCUUUGAAAAUGAGAGCGUUUAUCUGUAACUUCAAACUUGCUCACCGCCCUGAAGAGCUCAUGAUGGUGAGGAUUGGCUUUCAUAGUGGUCCAGUUGCCGCUGGAGUUGUUGGUCUUGCCGCUCCACGUUACUGCCUUUUCGGGGACACUGUUAACACUGCAUCUAGAAUGGAAAGCACCGGAGUGGCUAAUAAAAUUCAGAUAUCCGAGGGAGCAUACAACCUUCUUCAUUGCUUCUUUCCUCAAUUCCAAAUGGUUGAGAGAGGAAAAAUUGAAGUAAAAGGAAAAGGAGAGUGUCUGACAUAUUACCUUGAAGGAAGAACCGGCAAACAAUGAGAUUGAUUUGGAUUCAAAGAUUUCAUUUCGGAUAAACCAAUAUUUUUCAAAUUCUAUGAGCUCAAGAAUUACCGAAUAUAUAGAACAUUUAUCAAAUUCAUUAAUUAUUUAUCUUUAGAUUCUAGCCAUUUCACAUUCUACACUUACCAAACCCAAAAUUAUUUUCUUGGUCAAUUUUCUGAUAGAUUCAUUUUUUGCAUUACUCUAAAUUUGCUAUACUUUAGAUAUGAAAUGUGUUUCCAAUUUGGUUCACUCUAUUAUGUAUCUCAUUUUGCAAAUUCUCGGAGUACAUUUGAAACAAUUUUAUAUAGCGUCCCAUUUUUACAACAUUCAGAAAUAUAGCUCACAUUUUUGAAAUCAGUAAAAUUAAAGCAGAAUGUUCCCGAAUUUUAUUUAUUCUGAAAGCAAAAAGGAAAGCUAUAAAUAAACAUUUUUCAGUUGCA